AAGAUCCUGAGGAACAUGGAGGCCUCCCUGACAGCUCGGGAUCGCGUGGGUAUCCAGGAUUUUGUUCUCCUCGACGCCUACACAAGUGAGAGUGCCUUCCUGGACAACCUGAGGAAACGCUUCCACGAGAAUCUCAUUUACACCUACAUCGGGACUCUGUUGGUGUCGGUCAACCCGUAUAAAGAAUUAGAUAUCUACAGCAAGAAGCAGAUGGACACCUACAUGGGUGUAAACUUCUUUGAGCUACCACCUCAUAUAUAUGCUCUGGCAGACAACGUCUUCCGCACGAUGCUGUCUGAGUUCAACAACCACUUCAUCCUGAUCUCAGGGGAGAGCGGGGCCGGCAAGACCGAGGCCUCCAAGAAAAUCCUCCAAUUCUACGCCGUCAGCUGUCCAAGUACCAAACUUCUAAACAACGUCCGGGACAGACUUCUUCUGUCCAACCCAGUGCUCGAGGCUUUUGGAAAUGCCAAAACCCUGAAGAAUGACAACUCAAGUCGCUUUGGGAAAUACAUGGACAUCCAGUUUGACCAUCAGGGUGGUGCAGUUGGGGGGCACAUCCUGAGCUAUCUCCUGGAGAAGUCCCGUGUGGUGCAUCAGAAUCACGGAGAGAGAAACUUCCACAUCUUCUAUCAGAUGGUGGAGGGGGGAGAGGAAGAUCUGCUUCGCUGGCUUGGUCUGGAGAGGAACUGCAAGAACUACAGUUAUCUAGUGCAGGGUGGUUGCCCCAAAGUGAGCUCUAUCAAUGAUAAAAGUGACUGGAAGACGGUGCGGAAAGCCCUCUCCGUCAUAGAGUUCAGUGAGACUGAUAUUGAGAACCUCUUUGGAAUAAUUGCUAGUGUGCUCCACCUGGGUAAUAUCAAGUUUGCGGCAGAUGAUCGAGGAUAUGCUUCUCUCAACAACAACCAGGAGAUGCACUGGGUGUCAAAAUUAUUAGGGAUUCCUGCUCAGGUGCUACAACAUGGUUUAACCCACAGGAAGAUUGAAGCCAAAUCAGAGGAGGUGUUUAGUCCCUUCUCUGUGGACCAUGCAGUAUAUGCCAGGGAUGCACUUGCCAAAGCCAUCUAUGGUCGCACUUUCAACUGGCUGGUCAACAAGAUCAAUGAAUCUUUAGCUAACAUGGAUUCCUCUCGGAAAACAGUGAUUGGUCUGCUGGACAUCUAUGGGUUUGAAGUCUUCAGUGUGAACAGCUUUGAGCAGUUUUGUAUCAACUACUGCAACGAAAAGCUGCAGCAGCUUUUCAUCCAGCUGACCCUGAAGUCAGAACAGGAGGAGUACGAAAUGGAAGGAAUUGAGUGGGAACCAGUGCCAUACUUCAACAACAAGAUAAUCUGUGAUCUUGUGGAGGAGAAACACAGAGGAAUCAUCUCUUUGUUGGAUGAGGAAUGUUUACGUCCUGGUGAAGCCACAGACCUCACCCUUCUGGAGAAGAUGGAGGAUAAGAUUGGCGGUCACCCUCAUUUUGUAACACAUAAGCUUGCAGACCAAAAGACGAGGAAAACGCUGGAGAGAGGAGACUUCCGUCUCUUGCACUACGCUGGAGAAGUUACAUACUGUGUUGUUGGGUUCUUGGACAAAAACAAUGAUCUCUUGUAUCGGAAUGGGAAAGAGGUCAUGCGUCAGUCCAAGAACACUGUUAUCAAACACUGUUUUCCUUCUACUGAACCUGACAGCAAGAGGAGGCCUGAAACUGUGGUGACUCAGUUUAAAAGCAGCCUGGUGGGCUUGACUGAGAUCUUACUAUCCAAAGAGCCCUGGUACGUCCGCUGCAUCAAACCCAAUGAAGCUAAACAACCAGGGCGCUUUGAUGACGUAUUGAUAAGACAUCAGGUGAAGUACCUGGGGCUGAUGGAGCACCUGAGGGUCAGGCGUGCGGGGUUUGCAUACCGACGCAAAUAUGAAAUCUUUCUGCAGAGGUACAAGCCCUUGUGUCCAGACACCUGGCCCAACUGGAAAGGCACAGCAGCAGAGGGUGUGCAUUGUCUUAUCAAACACCUGGGCUACAAAUCUGAUGAGUACAAGAUGGGCAGGACGAAAAUCUUUAUUCGGCACCCAAGAACUCUGUUUGCAACUGAAGAUGCAUUUCAGGUUUGCAAACACAAGCUAGCAACAAGGAUUCAGGCCAAGUACAAAGGUUACAGGGUGAAAGGAGACUUUGUGAAACAGAAAGAGGCUGCCACAAAGAUUGAGACCUGCUGGAGAGGGCUGAUGGCUAGAAAGGAGCGGGAAAAGAGGGCUUGGGCUGUCAAAGUCAUUCAGAAGUUCAUUAAAGGUUUCAUGACCAGAAAUGAGCCCUCCUGUAAUGACAACAGUGAGUACCUGGCGUAUGUGAGACAGAACUACCUCAUACGGCUGAGGGAAAACCUUCCCAAAACAGUCCUGGAGAAAGAUUGUUGGCUCACCCCUCCGCCUAUAAUGAAGGAGGCCUCCCAGCUUUUGAAGAAGCUCUAUGUUCGCCAAAUGGUGAAGAAGUACAUACGAGGAAUCACUGCACAGAGGAAACAACAGUUACUGCUGAAAGAACAGACAAGCUCCAUGUUCAAAGGAAGGAAAGAAAACUACCCUCUCAGUGUAUGCAGACCAUUUCUGGACACCAGGAUAGGUCCAGAGGACAUAAGCAUUAAAGUACUUCAGAUGAUUCGGCAUGAGCACAUCAGGUACAGCGUGCCAGUGGUGAAGUAUGACAGAAAUGGGUUCAGGCCUCGUGUGCGGCAGCUCAUCUUCACUCAGGAAGCGGCUUACCUAGUCGAGGAGGCCAAGAUCAAGCAGCGGAUUGAUUACAGCUCUCUGAAAGGUGUGUCUGUCAGCAACCUAAGUGACAACUUCCUGAUCCUUCAUGUCACAUUUGACGACAUCAAGCAGAAGGGGGAUCUGGUGCUGCAGUGUGAGUACCUGUUUGAGGCCCUGACCAAGAUGAGUGUUAUUGCCAACAAGCAGAACUGCAUUAAAGUGGUCCAGGGCAGCGUGCGUUUUGACAUCCAGCCCGGCAGAGAGGGGUUUGUGGAUUUCAAGAGUGGUCAGGAGUCCAUGGUCUAUAGAGCAAAAAACGGCCAUUUGAUGGUGGAAUCUACAAGAACCAAGUCCAGGUGAUGCUGCCGCUGACUUGUGUUGUUGCUGCAGAUUGUAGUGACCGCCGUGUUCGUUCUGCUAUACUGCUUCAUCGUUGCUGCCAACUUGUUUUACAUUACUCACAUUUUUUUAUGCAACUUGAUGAAAAUAAUAUCCAACCAUGAAAAUACAAUAAAACAUACGCACUGCCAAUUACUUAGCUGUAGAUAGUGGACAACAAGCUCACUUGCCUUGCCAAGUGAGCCUUGCCAGAAUAUGUGUGUCUACUAGUUCCUUAUAUGUGGAAAUUGAUCUCAGUUCACAUUCAAGUCAUUGUCAUGUCAUUUAUAUCAAUAGAAGCACUUGUUAUCCUCUUUUUGUAUUAAACCUAUCUGAGAUCUUAAAAUAAGAUGAAAGAAUUAGAUUUGUGUGCAUCAAUGUAUGUUCAUGUUACGUCACCCUGUUACA